GUCGAGUGGCAGUAUCUGUUGGAGGAACUCUUCCAGAAGCAGCUGACGGAGGAGGAUAACAUCUACGUGUAUUACCCAGAGUAUCUGGCUAACCUCUGUAACCUCAUCCAUGAUCUUGACCCAUGGAUGGUCCACUACGGUCUACUGGCUGUCUACAUAUACGACGUCCUCCUGGAAACUGUCUCUACUGCUGACGACACUGACCGUCAGUCCUUCUGUCUCCAGGCCAGCAAGAACGCCUUCGGUGAGGUCAUGUCUAACAUGUAUCUUCAUCACGUCGGUAACAACACCAUCAAUACUAUCAGAACCCACGCGACAAGUAUGCUUGAGCUGCUAAGGGAGGAGGUUGAAGAGUCUAUCAAGUCAGCGUCGUGGCUGAGCGGGACUGACCAGGCUGUUGCUCUUGGCAAGCUACACACACUCGAGGCUGAGAUGGGCGGCUUCGACAACCACUGGAACAUCGCCUAUGUGAACAAGUCCCACACCGAGAUAAGGUUUCAGGAAGACUUCAGCUUCCUGGAGGCGGUCCAGGAGCUAUACCGAGUCUUCAGGAGAGAACUCUACCGUCUCUAUCACAUACCCAUUGAGAGAGGAGCUUUCAUCUGGACCUUCACAGUGCAGCCGUAUGUUGUGAACGCCUUCCAUAUGCAGUCCACCAAUAUCAUCGUGCUUCCUGAAGCUUUCUUCCAGCCUCCCUUUUACCGUGCUGACAGCCCUGAGUACCUCAACUAUGGCUCUGCUGCUAACUCCAUGGCUCAUGAGAUCUUCCAUGGACUUGACUUUACUGGAGUGCUGUACGACGCCCGGGGUCACCUAACAAGGCCCUUCAGUGAUGCAGUGAAGCAGCAUCUUAACCAGACAGUACAGUGCUACCACAACCUCCUCUCCAGCAACUUCUAUGAGGAGGUUCUUAUUGAGGACACCAACAUAGCUAUGGAGAUUGACAGCAGUGCCACUCUGAACGAGAAUCUGGCAGACAUCGCCGGCAUCAGGCACGCAUAUAGAGCAUACCAGAGGUGGGUUGACAGACAUCACACAGAAGCUCGCUUACCAGCUCUCUCUCUCAACCCCAGUCAACUUUUCUUCGUCUCUGCUGCCCAGCCUUACUGUGCUGUUAUACCCGACCUGGCCAAGAUCUUCCUCAUGGAGAUGGACGAACACUUGCCCAAUGGCAUGAGAAUCAACGCACUGAUGAUGAACACUCCAGAGUUCGCGCAAGCAUUCAACUGCAGUGUUGACUCUAAGAUGGUGGCCCAGGAGACCUGUCAUAUAUUCUGAUGUUGACCAACUUCUGUAACCUGAUUAAUGCAACAGUAGCCGGCACCAAUAAGUCUACCUAACACACCUUCAAUAUCUUGAUAGUGACCAGUUUUCUGGCCCAUCAGGCUGGCCUACUAUAUUAUCUGGCCCAUCAGGCUGGACCACCAAGCUGGCUCACCAGCUGGGCCAUCAGCCUGGAAUACCAGGCUGGCCCAUCACAUCUUUGGGCCACGACUAAUACAAAUCAAGCAUCAUCUUUGGAGUCAGCGGGCGGAGCGGUAAACUCGUAGGGGUCACACGGCACCUCGGGAAAUGGACGACAAGCAAGUUCGAUUCAAGAAAAGGAAGGAUAUGUCUGUUUCCUCGGAUCAAGAGCCUCCUCCCUCACCGGUAUUGAGGCACCUCCACUGAGAAGGAAACCAAGCCAGACGAAGGCCGUCGACUUGAAGCCGGAGGCCUUCUUGAAGCCGAACGAAGGCCGUCUUGAAACCAGAUGGAGGCUGUCUUGAAGCCGGACGGAGGCCGCCUUGAAGCCGGACGGAGUCUACCUACCUACUUGGAGGGUAUUCCGGGGAUCAACGCCCCCGCGGCCCGGUCCACGACCAGGCCUCCCGGUGGAUCAGGGCCUGAUCAACCAGGCUGUUACUGCUGGCCGCACGUAGUCAAAAGUACGAACCACAGCCCGGCUGAUCCGGCACCGACUUUAGGUAUCUGUCCAGCUCCUUCUUGAAGGCAGCCAGGGACCUAUUGGUAAUUCUCCGUAUGCAUGGUGGGAGACUGUUGAACAGUCUUGGGCCUCGGACACUAUGGUGUUUUCUCUAGUGUACAAUGGCGCCCCUACUUUUGAUUGGGGGUAUUUUGCACCGCCUGCCCAGUCUUUUACUUUCGUAGGGAGUGAUUUCUGAGUGCAGAUUCGGGACCAUUCCUUCUAGGAUUUUCCAAGUGUAGAUUAUGAUAUCUCUCUCUCGCCUGUGUUGUUUCGAAGCCGGACAUAGGUCGUCUUGGAGCCUGGGCUCCUCAGUACUCGUGACCUGAAUGAAGCAAGACUCUGCAAAUUUGUACCAGGUUUUCUCUUUCUCUCUGUUUUGUCUACUGACACAGUACACCCGACCAGUUUAACACCGCCCACACUCAAGUGCCAUCCAGGUGAUCUCAUAUAAAUAUCCACUUGCCAGGUGUGUCUGCACACAGGGCCCCAGACUGCCACAGGGGCCCAGACUGCCACAGGGGCCCAGACUGCCACAGGGGCGCAGACUGCUACAGGGGCCUAGAUUGCAGCAAUCUAAAAUAGUGCAGUCUUUGCCUGAACCGUAAUUAGACAAAAGACUUAUUGAGCGGCAUUUUGAUCUCUUAAGACCUUUCUAAAGUCGAUGACCUGAUGGAGAUCUAAGGUGGUAAACCUCGAAGUACAACAACAAGACCUUACAGGGUGUUGCAGCUGCAGGAGACUGACAGUUCUGAAGACAGAACUCUAACACAGUCUUCAAGCUGCAGAACCUUUACAAUCUGUUGUUCGUGUUCCUUUACAGAAGCUAGAACCAGGAGAGAUUAAUUCAGUUUCUGGAACUAAAACCUCUCUGGUUAUAACCAACUCCAAAACAAUGACCGUCAAUAUGCGUAUAUGUAUAUACGGUCAACUUACUCCAUAACAAUUAGCCGUCAAGAUGCGUAUAUGUAUAUACGACCAACUUACUCCAUAACAAUAGCCGUCAAGAUGCGUAUAUGUAUAUACGACCAACUUACUCCAUAACAAUAGCCGUCAAGAUGCGUAUCUAUUUAAGCAAAACUCUGGGGGAAAUCAAUUUCUCUUCAGAGUAAAUAUUGAUCUGUAUUAAAAAAAACGCAUCGUUCCUCAUUUGUUUCUUUUUUUUAUGACGACUACUCAGAUAAAAAAAAUAUAUAAAG